AUGCAGUCUCUGUUCGGCGGAGGGGAGCUGGGGCUGCUGGGAGGAGGCGGCGACGCAGGGGGCCUGAAGGAGGAUGGCUGCGGCAGCGUGGCGUGGCACUCCUCCGCCCUGCCCCCCGACGACGUCUACUCGGCCUCCCACUUCGCCCUCAUCACCGCCUAUCAGGACAUCAAGACGAGGCUGGCCUGCCUGGAGCGAGAGAACACCAGCAUCAAGAGGAAGCUGAAGAUCUAUGAGAUCAAGUUCCCCAUGAUCAGCGAGUUCGGGGAGAACACAAACUCCUACUGCUCCUUUGAGAGCAAGGAGACGGCGCUGCUGCACUCAGAAAACGGCAACCUGCAGCAGAGAGUCAACGUCCUGACCCACGAGCUCCAGAAGAGAAAGGAGAGAGAGGAGCAGCUGGAGGACGUGAUCCAGGCCUACGAGAAGAUUCACAUGGAGAAGAGCAACCUCCAGAGGGAUCUCGACAAGAUGACGAGCCUGGUGGAGAAGCACGUGGAGCGGAUCCUGGGCCUGGAGUCAGCUCUGAGGCAGAGGGACAGCUCCCUGCAGAAACUCAACAUGCAGCUGCACAGCAAAGACAUGCAGUACCUGCAGCUGCACGCCGGCCCGGACGCACACAUGCUGGACUGUCCGGCCCUGACCCUUCAGAGCUCCCGUAGCCUGGACGCCCUGUCUGACCUGAAGCUGCAGCGGCUGGAGGCGGAGCUGGAGGGGGCGCGGCACGAGGCCCAGGGGGCGUGCCAGCGGGAAGAGGAGCUGAAGGGGGAGUGUGAGAGGUUGAAGGAGGAGAUGAGGAUGCUCCAGAACAGCCAGAGGGACAGGGAAAUGACUUCUCCGUGCAAGCAGUGUGAUGUGGAGUGGAUAAAGAAGGUGGGAGACGAGCAGGUGAAUCUGGCUCUGGCCUACACAGAGUUAACAGAGGAGCUGGGACGCCUCCAAGCGCUGAGCUCCAAGCAGACGGAGAUCCUGAGGAAAGCCUCGCAGGAGCAGGCCAGUCCAGUCCAGCGUCACUCCCCCAUCCACCACCAGCGCCACUCUCCAGUAUCUCAGCGCCACUCGCCCAUCUCACAGCGCCAUUCUCCCGUCCCGCCGCCGCCGCACCACUCCCCAAUCCAACAGAGACGCUCCCCGGUGCUGCAGCGCCUCUCCCCAGACAUGCACCGCCGCUCCCCCCUGCUGGACGUCAACAACGGACCGGCCUCUUACUCCAGCCGGCCCCCCACCCAGCACCUGAGGGCCAGCUUCCAGGGCCGCCGCAGUUACUCUGAGGUGGCCGACCCCUCGGCUUACCAGUGCCCGCCCCGCUUCUCCCUGGACCCCGUCUCCACCCUGCCUAAGCCCCGGCCCUACAUCGAGGGCUACCCAAAACAGCAGCCCCAACAUGGGAGCUCUCCUCAUGGUGGACUGCAGCACAGAGGCUCCCCGUCUCCGCAUCACAGCAGCGCCGGGGGAGACGGGGGCCUCGGGGAGAGCUCCAUGCGCCACUCAAGAGAGAUGCCGUUCCCACUGUCUGAGGUGGCCCACCUGCAUUUUGAGCCCCCUCCUCCUUCCACACCGGCCCCCCAGCCCCCACAGUCCUCUGAAGAUGAGGAGGAGUGGACCUGCCCGCACCCCAUCAGCCCGCCGCGGACGCUGGGCGUGCUCUCCGCUCCGGUGCCCAGCGGCGUCAUGCGAGGCCCGGCAUCCUGCUCGGCCUUCCCCAUCCCUCAGAGGCCCAACACCCUGAGCUGCCACCCCCAGCCGGGCUACAUGUCCGCAGAGCACGCGCAGUCCUGGCCUUCGAUCAACCUCUGGAUGGAGACCGAGGAGAGCGACAUGCGAAGCUGCCCCCUCUGCCAGUUGAUAUUCCCCGUCGGUUACCCUGACGAUGCCCUCAUCAAGCACAUCGACUCCCACCUGGAGAACAGCAAGAUCUGAUCGCCGUGGCGACGAGCCCGCACACACGUGUGCUCUUCUCUUAUAGGCUGAUGAGAGAUUGGCAGACCGGGCCACACGGAAAGUCAAACGUAGAAUCACAGGCGAGCCACUGUGAGAUCACCUGUAGGUAGGGAUGCACAAGGGGCUCAAACACGGGUCUGUGCUGGAUUUGAGAGUCCACGUGCAGAGUCCUCCGCUGGCCACCCUUUGGGACGGCUCUGCCUGCAUCAUCACCGGCUCUGGUCGCUGCUGUUUGUUGUGAGUGUUGUGUGGUUUUUGGGACAGUU